CUCCCGUCCCUACUUCCGGCUGAAAAUAAAUAGAAAACAUGAGCGAGAAAAUUAGUCGUUUUGAAGCCUUGGAACAACAAUUGGAGCUUUUUAUAGAGACUACUAGACAAGUAGGAAUAAUUGUGAGCGAUGUGCAACCAAAUAGUCAAGCAGUUUUGAAUAAAAAGCUAAAUGAAAUGAUAACAGGAUUACAGGAAGUAGACAAAAUGAAGUCACAGAUGGCUGAUAUCAGUGUUCCAUUGGAGGUUUUUGACUACAUUGAUCAGGGUAAAAAUCCCAACCUUUAUACAAAGGACUGUUUAGAGAAAACAUUGGCAAAGAAUGAACAAGUCAAAGGAAAGAUAGAUAAUUUAAAGAGAUUCAAGGCAAGUUUACUGGUGGAGUUGACAAAAGUUUUCCCCAAUGAGAUCAACACUUACAGAGCUCUACGAGAUGACCAACCAACCUGAAAUUUGGUUAUUUUGUGACAUGUUUAAACUAUGAGAGAAAUGUUGUAGACUUGAUAUUCAUCAUUUUAUUAACAGCUCGCAGAACAGAAUAUUUGUGAAGCUUUGAGUGAAUGGAUUUGAAUUGUGAAAAGUAUAUCUGAUGAUAUGUUUGUUUGCUAUUGAAAGAUAUUUAUGAAUUUAAUCAAAACAUUAAUGCUCUACUGAAGAUGGGAAAGUAUCAUUUUCCAGUUGAAUAACAGUAUGUUUUUAAAGAAUCCUUGAUACUUUUUCAUGCCAAAGUGAAAGCAAUUUCAUCAUUUGUAUGAGCUGUGAGCUAUCCUGUACUGUAAUAAUAAAAUGUACAAUUGAAA